AUGGCAGGCUCCUUCGCCGGCAUCGGGCUCAUGUGGCACCUCGACUUGCCGCUACGCCGCUCGCUCCCGUUCGGCGCCCUGCUCGCCGCCGCCGCCCAGCUCUCCCCGCUCCUCGUCCUGCUGCUCGAGCCGCUGCUGUCGGCCGCGAUGAGCGCGUGCGGCGUGGUGCCCGUCCUCGCCCUCGCCGCCGCCGCCGCCGCCAACGAGGGCGAGGCCACCGGCGAGGGGGCCGCCUACGGGCUCGUCGGCGCGGCCGACGCGGCGGGUGCCCUCGCGGGCGGCUCGCUCUCGACGGUGGCCGUGGCGGCGCUCGGCAUCGGCGGCCCGCCGCACGGCGGUUGGCGUAAGCUGCCGCUCUUCGCGGUGCUCUGCGCCGCCUCCAAGCUCGCCACGGUGCCGCUCGUACUGCUGCUGCUCCGGCUGAGGGAGUCGGUGGCGGACGGCGCGGCGGCCGAGGAGACGGGCGGGUGGAGGAGGAGAGGAGUGGAGGCGUGA